UAGAUUGUUUUCCACUCAACUUUAAAACUUUCCUGUUGGCGAACAGUACUGCAGUCAAACCACGGUACGAAAAGAGAUGAAGACGCCGGGGUUUUAUGUUUCGGCUAUCAUUUUUUUAGUCUUGAUGGACUGGACAAGCGCAGUUCCAGGCAACUCCACAGUGCCGAAGAAGGGACACUGCCCGCGGCGCUUGAACGUGGUUCCGUCAAAACGGGCCUGCGUCUGUGACGAGGACUGUCCCGGGACCGACAAAUGCUGCGUCUUCGACUGUGGGGCAGUUUGCGUGCCACCCGCUUUUACGAAACCAGGCGUGUGUCCUCGGAGACGCAGAGGGGCAGGGAUGUGUGCAGAGUUCUGUGCCAAUGACAGCGACUGCCCCAAUGAGGAGAAGUGCUGUCACAACGGGUGCGGCCACUCCUGCAUCACACCUUAUACAGUGAAGCCGGGGCGUUGCUCUCAUCCCAAGGGGACCCCGAUGUGUGCGGAGUUCUGUUACCAUGACGGCCAGUGUCCGGGGGAGCAGAAGUGCUGCCGGACUACCUGUGGCCACGCCUGCAGCGAGCCAUGCUGAUUGGUCAGGAAGACUGGAGGGCAGGGAGUAGGAACAGCGUAAUACAGAUAGUCUCCUCACUCAUACUUGAAUCCCUCAGUUUUGAAUCCCCAUUUCAUAUGGUUUAUGGGUGUUUUACUCUAUAUUUUAUAUUUGUUUGUCACAACCAUUAAAAAUGACCUGGUUUGUUCAUACA